ACAUUGUAUAUGUGUAUGUAUAUCUUUAAUCAUGCUCAGUAGUAUCUAUUGAGUAAUAGCAGUUAACAUUUAUUGAGCCUGUACUACAUGUUAGGCACUGCAUUUCACAUGUAUUACUUUAUUUAAUCCCCAUUAUUACCCUGGAGGUAGAUAAUAUUAUUAAGCUCAGUUUAUCUUUGAGAAGCAUACUUAGUUAAGUACCUUGCCUAAGAUCACAUAGUUGGGAAGAGCCAGAGCCAGGAUUUGACUCCAGGUCAGUCCAGCUUUUCCAAGGCACUUUCUUAACUAAUGCACUGUAAGUGUAGAGAGGCAGGGGUUAACAAAUAAUCACCAGGAAGAGAAGGAAUAGCUGUAGAUAUCAGGCAGAUGUGAAACUCCUGUACUUCAAAGGAAGACAAGGGUUUAGACAGGCAGAGAGGCAGUGGGAGCUCAAGCUUGGCAGUUGCCAUAUAACCAUUCAAAGGGAAACAGUUUUUUUUCACAUAACAUAAAUGGACUUCAGUUAUGUUAACCAUAGGGCACAGUUUACUUUAUCAUCUAGUGGCUAUUUUAUAUUUGCUCAAGACUUAAAAUUGUAUAUAAGGGAGAGUUGUAUAAUAGAGUAUUUAUGUACUUUUAUAGAUAUUUAAAUAUGUUGUUUUCAGAAUGUUUCUAUAUGCCUAUAGCAAAAUUAAUAUUAAGAAUUUCAAAGAAGUAUUUGAAAACAACUCACCCCUCCUCUCCAUUAUUUUAACUUUCUAAUCUAGGUUUUCAAUGAAUUAUGCCUUUUUGGUUUGGGACCCAGCCAAGGAGGUUUCCAAUGGAAGGGGGAGAUCCUUCAGUUGGGCUGGAGCCUGCGCUGAGCUCCAGUGCUUCCUGUAAUGGGAAAGAGAUGUUACUAACCAGGCAACUCCGAAGAUGCCCUGGAAAUCAUUGCCUAACAAUAACUGAUGUUCCCAUCACUGUCUUUGCAACAAUGCGAAAGCCACCUGCACAAAACAGCAAGGAAAUGCAUCCUAAAUAGCAUCAUUAAGUCUUUUGUAGAGGUUUGACUAGAUCAAGGGUAAUGGACCAGUAUCAUCUUAUGAUCUGGUAAGCAAAUAAAAGUUGUGGCACCUUUGGAUG